AUGAACGUUGUUAAAAAGUUUGUAGGACGUAAACGGGACGAAGCUUCCGCAAACUCGAGAAUAAGCAAGAGAGGCGGGCAUUGUUAUCGUCCAUCAAAAUUGGUCACAUCAACCAUCUUUGACAACGACGACAUUUUCUCUGCGGUUGCCAAUGCACUAAUCUACAAGCAUGAAGAAGAGGAACUUUCUGUGAGAGAUGCAAUCAACGCAACCAUCUUUACUUCGACAGAAAGAGAAGCAUUUCUGGAAUCCAUUGACCUUCGCAACGCCAACAUGUAUCUCCAUCAAGAUGAAGAACUUGAAAAUGCAACUCCCGUCGGUGAACUGGCGAAGAAAGUCCGUACUAUCUUUAGUCCGGAAUUGCAAUCCAUGUGGAGAGAAAGCACGCUGGAGAGAGAAGGAGUUUUCGAAAAUACCGAUCAAUACUAUGAGAAACCAAGCGCGGAGAGUGGUGGUGGGAACAUUCCGACCCCCUUGAAGACUCCCAAAAAUCUGCACCUAUCACCUGUUCAAACGUCAGUAUCAAAGGGCAAUGUACUUAGUGCCAAGAGUAGUGGUCGUCAACGGCGUCGUUCUUUCUUUCCUGAUACUUCUGAUCAUGCUCGGUGCCGAGCUAGAAUUCGCAUUGACUUCAAGCUAAGAAACGCGGCUGACGCCCAACCCGUAAGCUCAUUGCAACUUGACGGUUUCUCCAACCCAGAGCCCCUCCGAGAGUACAUCCCACCAUCUAGUCCCCUAUGUUCAGUGUCGAACUAG